UCGUUCUCCUCUUCCUCCUCCGCGCGCCGCCGGCGCCCGCCCCCUGCACCCUCCUGCGCAGCCCGGGUCCGGGAGGGGAGAGAAAGGGGCUGCGGGGGGCGGGAGAAGCCGGCUUGCGGACUCGCGCUGGGAGGAAACUCCUGCCCGAUCCGUGCGUCCCCGCGCCCAGUGUGCACCCCCGCCCGGCCUCGGCAGCCGCAGCGGCAGGAAAGGGCUCAGGCGGGGGCGGUGCCACGGGGGCGGGCCCGGCCAUCCCGGCGCUAAGUUGUGGGGCCUGGCUGCUCCCGACCCUAUUCCUUUCCCCUCCGCUCCUCGGACCCAGGUCAGCGCCGCCGGCUCGGGAGCUGCUGAGCCCCCACCUCCUGGGGAAGGAGAACACGCCUGCCCUUGUCAAGAAAACUUUUCCUGCUGACUGGGUCGGGGCGGCGGUGGCAGGAAGUCCGGGCAGCAACCUCUUCUCCGCCUGUCUCUCUUGCCCUGCCGGGUGCCGGCUCUGAGCUCGAUCAAGUUUGCGGGGCCCCGUUUCGGGCUGCAGUCGCUCCCGCCUCAAGAGGGACGCCGGCCCCACGGAGGGCGGCGGGCCAGGGCGAAGGCCAAGGGCGCGUGGUGGCGCCGGAGACAAGGUGCGGAGCGCGACCCGCACUCGCCGCCGAAAGCGCGAAGAGCACGAGCCCCGGAACAGGGAGCCUCCGGCGGCCGCUUCCAGGAGGCCACAAUUCGCCGCCUCCUCCGGGUGAGGACAGUGUUCUGGCCCCGAGUGGAUCGAGGGAAAAUGAAGUUAAGCCGCCAGUUCACCGUGUUCGGCAGCGCGAUCUUCUGUGUGGUGAUCUUCUCGCUCUACCUGAUGCUGGACCGGGGCCACUUAGACUACCCAAAGAACCCGCGGCGCGAGGGCUCCUUUCCCCAGGGCCAGCUCUCAAUGUUGCAAGAAAAAAUAGACCAUUUGGAGCGUUUGCUAGCAGAGAAUAAUGAGAUCAUCUCAAAUAUUAGAGACUCCGUUAUCAAUUUGAGUGAGUCUGUGGAGGACGGUGCGAAGAGUUCACAAGGCAAUUUCAGCCACGGUGCUGCCGGCUCGCCUCUUCUGCCAUCGAAACAGUUGUCCCUCGCAGUCAACCCUGAAGACUGUCUUUUUGCUUCACAGAGUGGAAGUCAGAAUUCAGAUGUGCAGAUGUUGGAUGUUUAUAGUCUAAUUCCUUUUGACAACCCAGAUGGUGGAGUUUGGAAGCAAGGAUUUGACAUUACCUAUACAUCUAAUGAAUGGGACACCAAGCCUCUUCAGGUCUUUGUGGUGCCUCAUUCCCAUAAUGACCCAGGCUGGUUGAAGACUUUCAAUGACUACUUUAGAGAGAAGACUCAGUAUAUUUUUAAUAACAUGGUCGUCAAGCUGAAAGAAGACCCACGGAGGAAAUUCAUGUGGUCUGAGAUCUCUUACCUUUCAAAGUGGUGGGAUACUAUAGACACUCAGAAGAAGGAUGCUGUUAAAAGUUUGCUAGAAAAUGGUCAGUUUGAAAUUGUAACAGGUGGCUGGGUUAUGCCUGAUGAAGCUGCCUCACAUUAUUUUGCCUUAAUUGACCAACUAAUUGAAGGACAUCAGUGGCUGGAAAAAAAUCUAGGAGUGAAACCUCGGUCUGGUUGGGCUAUUGAUCCUUUUGGACAUUCACCAACAAUGGCUUACCUUCUAAAACGUGCUGGAUUUUCUCACAUGCUUAUCCAGAGAGUUCAUUAUGCAGUUAAAAAGCAUUUUUCUUUGCAUAAAACACUGGAGUUUUUUUGGAGACAAAAUUGGGAUCUGGGAUCUGUCACAGAUAUUCUUUGCCACAUGAUGCCCUUCUACAGCUAUGACAUCCCUCACACUUGCGGACCUGAUCCUAAAAUAUGCUGCCAGUUUGAUUUUAAACGACUUCCUGGAGGCAGAUUUGGUUGUCCCUGGGGAGUCCCCCCAGAAACAAUAUAUCUUGGAAAUGUCCAAAACAGGGCUGAGAUGCUUCUAGAUCAGUACCGCAAGAAGUCAAAGCUCUUCCGUACUACAGUUCUUCUGGCCCCACUGGGAGAUGAUUUCCGCUACUGUGAACGCACAGAAUGGGAUCAUCAGUUCAAGAAUUAUCAAAUGCUUUUUGAUUAUAUGAAUUCUCAGCCUAAGUUUAAUGUUAAGAUACAGUUUGGAACCUUAUCAGAUUAUUUUGAUGCACUAGAUAAAGAAGAUGCAUCAAGCAGAAAGGAUAGCCAAUCAAUAUUCCCUGUUCUAAGUGGAGAUUUUUUCACUUAUGCUGACCGAGAUGAUCAUUAUUGGAGUGGCUACUUUACAUCCCGACCCUUUUACAAACGAAUGGAUAGGAUAUUGGAAUCUCAUUUAAGGACUGCUGAAAUUCUUUACUAUUUGGCCCUGAAACAAGCUCAGAAAUACAAGAUAAAUACAUUUCUUUCAUCGUCCCAUUAUAUGGCACUAACAGAAGCCAGAAGAAAUGUGGGGCUGUUUCAACAUCAUGAUGCUAUCACAGGAACCGCAAAAGACUGGGUGGUUGUGGAUUAUGGUACCAGACUUUUUCACUCAUUAAUGAAUUUGAAGAAUAUAAUUGGACAUUCUGCACUACUACUUAUUUUAAAGGACAAAAACUCAUACGACUCUUACUCUUCUGAUACCUUUCUGGAAAUGGAUUUGAAACAAAAAUCACAAAGUUCUCUACCACAAAAAAAUAUAAUAAGUCUGAGUGCGGAGCCAAGGUAUCUUGUGGUCUAUAAUCCUUCAGAACAGCACCGAAAUUCAAUGGUCUCAGUCUGGGUGAGUUCCCCCACAGUGCAAGUAUCUUCCGCUUCAGGAAAGCCUGUGGAAAUUCAAGUGAGUGCAGUUUGGGAUACAGCAAGUACUAUUUCACAGACGGCCUAUGAGAUCUCUUUUCUAGCACAAAUGCCACCAUUGGGACUGAAAGUAUAUAUAAUUCUGGAAUCACCAAGUUCAAAACCACAUUUAGCUGAGUAUGUCCUGUAUAAUGGUAACAUAGAAGACAAAGGAAUUUUCAACAUGAAGAAUAUAAAAAGUGCUGAAGAAGAUAUAACUCUAGAGAACUCUUUUAUUAAACUUCGGUUUGGUCUAUCUGGGCUUCUGGAGGAAAUGGUAAAUAAAGAAGACGGUAAACGUCAUGAAGUAAAAGUACAAUUUUCAUGGUAUGGAACCACGAGUAAAAAGGACAAAAGUGGUGCCUACCUCUUCUUACCUGAUGGGGAAGCCAAGCCUUAUGUUUACACAACACUGCCCUUUGUCAUAGUGCAACAUGGAAGGUUGUAUUCAGACGUGACUUGCUUUUUUGAACAUGUUACCCACAGAGUCCGAUUGUACAACAUACAGGGAAUAGAAGGACAAUCUGUGGAAGUUUCCAAUAUUGUGGACAUCAGAAAAGAACAUAACUAUGAGAUUGCAAUGAGAAUUUCUUCUAGUAUAAACAGCCAAAAUAGAUUCUAUACUGAUCUAAACGGAUACCAGAUUCAACCUAGAAUGACAAUGAGCAAAUUGCCUCUCCAAGCAAACGUCUAUCCAAUGGCCACAAUGGCAUAUGUCCAGGAUGCCGAGAACCGCUUGACCCUGCUCUCUGCUCAGUCUUUAGGUGUUUCGAGUUUGAAAAAUGGUCAGAUUGAAGUUAUCAUGGAUCGAAGGCUCAUGCAAGAUGAUAAUCGUGGCCUUGAUCAAGGUGUUCACGAUAACAAGAUUACAGCUAAUUUAUUUCGGAUACUACUGGAAAAAAGUGUCGUGAAUAUGGAAGAAGAAAAGAAACCGAUCAGUUAUCCUUCCCUCCUUAGCCACAUAACUUCUUCUUUCUUGAAUCAUCCAGUCUUUUCAAUGACAGAAAAGAUCCCCACACCCACCCUUCAGCUGCUGGGUGAAUUCUCUCCAUUACUGUCAUCUCUGCCUUGUGACAUUCAUCUGGUUAAUCUGAGGACAAUACAAUCAAAGGUGGACGGCAGGCAUUCCGAGGAGGCAGCCUUGAUCCUCCACAGGAGGGGGUUUGAUUGCCGCUUCUCUAGCAGAGACACGGGGUUGCUUUGCACCACUACCCAGGGAAAGAUAUUGGUACAGAAACUUUUUAACACAUUUGCUGUUACAAGUCUGAUACCUUCAUCAUUAUCCUUGCUGCACUCACCUCCAGACGCCCGAAAUAUAAGUGAGAUCAACUUGAGUCCCAUGGAAAUCAGCACAUUCCGAAUCCAAUUGAGGUGAACCUGGCUUUCAAGUCUGGAUUGGGAAGCAUUGGCUUUUACACACUUCUUGGUUUGACGUGCAAUAAAGAAGCACAUUACUUUCGCUUCUGGCUACUGUGAAAACAUGAAUCUGUGAUUUUUUUUUUUAACCAGUAUAGUAAGAAAAAAAAAAGCCAUGCUAUAAACCAGUUGUUGUUUUUUUUUUAAGUUCCCUUCAUGAACUACCACCAUCAGUAUGAAUUGAUGCAACGAAAGAAGAAAUGUCUAAAGACAAACUCUCAACAGAUUGUAUCUCAGGUUAAAUGCUCAUAACUAACUCUAUCUUUGUUGGGGGUUGAGAAGAGAUUGUUAUAAAUAUUCAUGUUGCUUGAUCCUUCGUUAGUUUUAUAAAAGUAUGCAUUUUUACCAAAACAGAAUAAAAGGCUAGUGGGUAGUAAGUAGCUAAUGGCCAAAAUGGUUGCAAUCAUUCAUACAUACUAGAAAAAUGUUGUGUGUUGAAAUGUGUGGAAAAGUGCAAUCUAUCCGUCCUUAUGCUAUUAUACAUAGUUGAUUUUCACACCUUUUUCUAAUGUACCACUUAACCACUCCUUCUCACCCUUUCUAAGUAUUUCCAGAAACACCAGAUUUUGAAUCAUUCAGUAGAAGAAAAAGAGGCAUAUUUUCAUUACUUGACAAUGUGGGAUGGGUGCAAUUUAUUCCAUCAUCACUAAAAUUCCAUAGGUAUUUUAUUGGAAGCAGCAAUUCCAUAGGUACCAUCACCUAUUUUCGGUACCACAAGGUGUCUUUUUACACAGCUCAUUUGAAUACAGAUGUUCUGAGAAGGGGUUUUCUAUUUUAAAAAUACCAUAUCAAGAUGAAUGUGCCUUAUUUUUUUAUAAGUCUUGUUAAAUCUUGGUGUCCAUAUUACUGUGUGGGGGAGGGAGAGGUUGCAGGGGGAUCGGGAGGGGGUAGGCAGUUUCUAUGACACAUAAAUUGUAUAAUUUUUGCCUGACAAUGCUGGCCACAUUCUGAUCUGUUUCAUUAAACUUGUGGUGAUGUUAACGCUAAACAUUUUAACUAUUUGAAUGUACUGAGAUGUCAUAAAACAAAACAAGGAAGAAAAAUACUGAUAAUUAAAAUAUGCUGCUGCCAGGAAGACUGCAUUUUGAAGCAAAGAUUCUGUAAUGUGCAGAAUCCACAUAGUGUUUCCAUUUCACAGGACUUAACCAUACUGAAGAGAGAAUGCUUUAAAGUAGAGCCUGUCUUGAGCCCACUUGUAAGAAGCUCAUCAUGAUUUAUUUUACUAAAGAAUGUGUGUAUUCAGUUGAAUUCCAGACUUUUUCUGUGUUAACCUCAAAGUGAAGUUCUAAGCCCAUGUGCCAUUAUCAUACUCUGGAUAAAAUUUAUUUGGGAUCACUGUUAACUUGACAUAAAAACAAAAGCAACAUUAGCAACAUUUAGAACUAGCUACAUUUAGUUUGAACCUAGAAAAGAUUCUUUGAGUAUGUACACCUUUGAAAGUUCUCUUUUGUGUUAACGAAUAGAUUUAGUAUCAUCUAACUUUAAACUUCCAUUUAGCACCUGUCAUUCCAACCUUUUUAUAGAGGAAUUAAAAUCUAAUUUCUCUUCCACUGUGUAGUCUGAUUAUCAUCUGAAUUUUUUUUAUCAAGGUGCAGCUCCUAAGAUUGUUAUGUUAAAUUCAUAAACUUCUUUCGCCUUUAAUAAUUAAGGAAACAGUAUCAGUGUUGCUAAAGAUAUUACAAGGGAAUAAUUUCAUGCAAUAAACAUGUACUGUAAGUUUCCUUCCUCAUUUCAGGGUGAUAAACAACUGAAAAAGGAAAAAAACACUCUUCCUUUUUGUGGACAUCUGCAGAUGUUAGGGUCAUCAGAAGCAAAUCCCAGGAAUAAGAUCAGUAUUUUCAUUGCAUCUCAAUGUAAAACCUUCCUAUGGGAGGUCACUGUGUUCUGUGGUUAAGUGGCUAUGCUUGAUCAUUCUGGAUAUUCUGAUCAAUUGAAAUGAAAAAUCUUGAUGCAAUAACAGUGGUUUUGCCACUUUUGGUUGUUGGAGAUGGAUCUGUCCUGUGUCAGUCGGGGUCUUCAUUCAGUGUGUGUGGCCACCAGCUGUUCACAGAUAAAGCAGAAAUUCUCUUUAACCAGCAAGUUUCUGCUUUUUAUUUUUAGAAUAAAUCAUCAGGGAAAUGAAGAGAGAAUGCUUUUGCUUUAGGUUGUGGUCAAGAGCUGAUUAAAUAAUUUAGUGUCUCGGGCACAUGCUACAAACUGUACGCUUCAGUUGUGAUCUCAGUGGUGUAUUUGUAUGCUUAGGUUUUAUUCCAUUUAUUAUGGCAGAUGUUCAGUUGACCAACUAGUUCAUUACUUUCUCUUUUUUUUUUUUAAUUUUAAUUUGAGGUUGUAACUGCAGUGUUUGAGAACUCAGCAUCCUUGUUUUCUACAAAUACUGAUUAAAAUGAAAUGUUGUAAAAUGUGUUGUAAAACAUUGUAAUUACCUUCCGUGUCUUUGUUGUACUUGUACCGAAAUGUUUUCACAUUCCUUUGUCUGGAAGAAAAUCUCUGCUUUCUUUUUGAUUAUGUUGCUUACCUUGGAAUCAAAUAGGAUUUGAUAUUUUUCUCUUGGAAGAUUUUAUAUCUUUUUGGGAAUAUGUAAUAUAAGAUCUCUAAUAAAAGAUAAGUCUUAUAUGUG